GUGGUCUCAUGAGACACGCUAUGUCAAACACUAGCAGAGUUCAGAAUGCAGUCCCAUCAAUCCCCAGGUAGGAAUGUAGGUUCGGGUUUGAAACCGUGGGCCGUGUCCGUUGCAUGCUGCAAAACAGGGUUUCUGUGUCACAGAUGUCCUGUGCCUGCCAGAGCCGCAAGACCGACUUGCCUCGUACAAAGCUUAGUCGCCCGGAAGCCCAUCGCCACCGCCGCCUUUGCCCAAAUACGAAACUGUCAUAAUGGUCAUGCCGAUGGCCUCUGCCUAAGCCGCCGUCAAAGGCCUCAGCAUCUGGGCCAGGGCAGGCUCCCACUAUCAUAUACUUGGAUUGUUUACUUUUUCCGCGACGCGUCAAAAACAAAACACCUGUCAACAACAUCCAUAUUCCCCCAGGAUCGCGUUCAAGUGUACCAAAAACCUACAUUGUCCUCUCCAAAUCGGGCGAGUGGCAUGAAGAAAUUGAAAAUAUCACGCGCUAACCUGGAAUCUAAAGAGAUACUGCCCCAUCCCGCUUUUCCCUUUCUUUUUUCCCCUCAGCAAGCCGGGGGAGGUGCCGCUCCAACCCCAUCCCUGCUCCUCAAACACGGCAUUUCCCUCCUCAUUUCUCAACUCCUUGCUUUCCCUCGCAAACAAGCUGAGGACCAAAAGCACGAAAGCAUGAAAGCACGGGCGUUCUUCAUGCUGGGAUAAUCCCGAACUUCUGAAUGGACGGCUCACCGCCCAUAAUCCUGAUCAACAAACGACCCAUGGAGAGAUGGGUACAGAAGAUCGACGGAACAAUGCAGCAUCCCGCAUCUAUCCCGUUUCCUUGCUCUCUUUCGUCGCUUUAUGCGACAAGACCUGCUACAUAAGGUACUUAAUGUGGAGUUCCGACGACAAACUCUACUGUGGUACCUUAU